UUUGUCCAGUGCUUAGCCAUUCUUGCUGAUCCAUGCUGGUGGAGGCAGUGGGGCAAGCAUGUAUCAGCCAGUGCUCCGGUGCAGGCUCAGUCUCCACUGCUGGCUGCAGUCGCUCGCGGGCCGCGGGAUGACACCGCCUCCGCCCGGAUGCACCUCCCUCGGAGUCCUGCGCUACUGCAUUCCUGGCCCGCUGCGGCUGCUACUGCUGCUGCUCUGGGCAGCGGCCGACACCCAAGGCCACCCGAGGAGCGGACCCCGAAUCUCCACUGUCUGGAAAGGCCACACGGGGAAGGACCGGGUGGAUUUUGACUCGGUAGAGCCGCACACUGUGCUUUUCCAUGAGCCAGGCAGCGAUUCUGUAUGGGUCGGUGGACGUGGCAAGGUCUACCUCUUGAACUUCCCCGAGGGCAAGAAUGCCUCUGUGCACACGGUGAACAUUGGCUCCACGAAGGGAUCCUGCCUGGGCAAGCAGGACUGUGAGAACUACAUAACACUUCUGGAGAGACAGGGUGGGGCGUUGCUGGCCUGCGGCACCAAUGCCCGGCACCCCAGCUGCUGGAGCCUGGUGAAUGGCACUGUGGAGUCACUUGGUGAGAGGAGAGGUUAUGCCCCCUUCAGCCCGGAUGAGAACUCCCUGGUUCUGUUUGACGGGGAUGAGGUAUACUCUACAAUCCGGAAGCAGGAAUACAAUGGGAAGAUCCCUCGGUUCCGCCGCAUCCAGGGUGAGAUUGAACUGUACACCAGUGACACCGUCAUGCAGAAUCCACAGUUCAUUAAGGCCACUAUUGUGCACCAAGACCAGGCCUAUGAUGACAAAAUCUACUACUUCUUCCGGGAGGACAACCCUGACAAGAAUCCUGAGGCCCCUCUCAAUGUAUCCCGUGUGGCGCAGCUGUGCAGGGGGGACCAGGGUGGUGAGAGUUCGCUGUCAGUCUCCAAGUGGAACACCUUCUUGAAAGCCAUGCUGGUGUGCAGUGAUCCCACCACCAACAAGAACUUCAACAGGCUACAGGACGUCUUCCUGCUUCCGGACCCUAAUGGCCAGUGGAGGGACACUAGGGUCUAUGGCGUUUUCUCCAACCCCUGGAACUACUCAGCUGUCUGUGUAUAUUCCCUUGGUGACAUUGACAAGGUCUUCCGCACUUCCUCACUCAAGGGCUACCACACAGGCCUUCCCACCCCUCGGCCUGGCAAGUGCCUUCCAGACCGGAAGCCAAUACCCACAGAGACCUUCCAGGUGGCCGACAGUCACCCUGAGGUGGCACAGAGAGUGGAGCCCAUUGGGCCUCUGAAGACGCCACUCUUUCACUCUAAGUACCACUACCAGAAAAUAGUUGUCCACCGCAUGCACGCCAGCCAUGGAGAGACUUUUCACGUGCUUUACCUAACUACAGACAGGGGCACCAUCCACAAGGUGGUGAAGUCGGAAGAGUGGGAACACAGCCUCAUCUUCAACAUCAUGGAGAUCCAGCCCUUCCGCCGCGCAGCAGCCAUCCAGGCCAUGUUACUGGACCCUGACCGGCGGAAACUGUAUGUGAGCUCCCAAUGGGAGGUGAGCCAGGUGCCCCUGGACCUGUGUGACAUCUAUGGUGGGGGCUGCCACGGCUGCCUCAUGGCUCGAGACCCAUACUGUGGCUGGGACCAGGGUCACUGUGUCUCCAUCUACAGCUCCCAAAGGUCGGUACUGCAGUCUAUUAAUCCAGCUGAGCCACACAAAGAGUGCCCCAACCCAAAGCCAGAUGAAGCCCCGCUGCAGAAGGUCUCCUUAGCCCGGAACUCUCGCUACUACCUGAGCUGCCCCAUGGAGUCCCGCCAUGCCACCUACUCAUGGCGUCACGGGAAGAAGGUGGAGCAGAGCUGUGAGCCUGGCCACCAGAGUCCCAACUGUAUCCUGUUCAUCGAGAACCUCACGGAUGGCCACUAUGGACACUACUACUGCGAGGCCCAGGAGGGCUCCUACCUCCAGGAGGCACAACAUUGGCAGCUGCUGUCUGAGGAUGAGGCCAAGGCCCAGCACCUCCUGGGCUGUUCCCAUGCCCUUUUGGCCUCCCUCUGGCUAGGGGUCCUGCCAACACUCACUCUUGGUCUGCUGGUUCAUUAGGGCCUUCUGGGGCUGGGCAUGUUGUAGGCUUCUGCAGCCCAGGGCACUAGAAGUCACACCCAGAGACACCCUGGCUGGGAGCUCCUUGCUCGCCACUGCUUCCAGGGGGACUGCAUAGCUCAACAGGGGACGCCAGGCCUGGAGAUGGCCAGCCACAGGCAGCUGCUGGGCCCGGGUGGGGUGGGGGCGAUGGGGGCCAGAGAAUGAAGGCACCGACUAUGAAGCUGGGGCUUUGGUGGCCCAAGACUUUAUCUUCUGGAGACUAUUUUUGAAAAACUUCCUCAAACUUGACCAAAUUCAGUGAUGCUCCUGGUCCAAGAGCCCAUUGGCCAGAGAGGUUGGGAAAGGGGAGCUGGGAUCCCGUUUCUGGACCUUCGAAUGCUCUAUACUCAGAUUGCCCCCUCAUCCUCUCUCCUGCCAUUGCAGGGGGUGGUUGGUGUUUUUGCAGGCCCAGGGCUGCCCUCUGUGGCCCCUCACCAGCCCUGGGUCCCACUAAGGCAGCCUCCUUGCAUGUUUAUUGAAGGAUGUUUGCUUUCCGGACGGAAGGACGGAAAGAGCUCUAUUUUUAUGUUAGGCUUAUUUCAUGUACUGCUACUUCCGACUGCAUCUGUAUGAAAAUACCAAAACUACAUGCUGGGGGUGGGGUGGGGAAGGGAGGGGCUGGGAAGGGAUAGGUUGUGGGGGUUCCCAGUCUGAGGCUCUUGGGCAUGGGAUAAGAGUCCAGGGACAUGGUGGCAUGGGUUCAAGGAGGUGGCAUGAGCUGGCUCUGCCCUGGGAGCCCAGGCUGAGGGGGACAUUGUCCAAGCCCCCCUGUUGGUUAUGGGAGGGGGUGGGGUGAGGGAGACAGGGAAAAAUGAAGGAAAAUCUGAGACCUAGAUUCACACAUUCAUAUAGGAGUUGGUCCUCAAGGGGAGGUUCCAGGACUCUGCCCUUGGCAUUGGGGAGUGGGAGGUGGGGGCCCCCUCCCCUCCCCUCAAUCCCCUUCCCCAGGGGCUGUGCUUCCAUGCCCUAGCCUCCCACCUUCAGCUCAGGACAUGCUAUAACUAAGGCUAAACUGUGAAUUCCUGUGGGGACAGUCUGGGCCAAGCUCUGCAGGUGGGUGGGUCGGCCCCAACCCUGUCCAUGGAUUUCUAUGGAGAGCUGGGCCUUCUCUGGUGUGUCUGGCCAGCCCAGGGCAGGGCCUGGGGCUGGUGACCUUCCAGCUUUGGCCCCUGCAUCUUUUUUCAAUGCACUUUAAUGAUGUAACAUAUUACUAAUAAACAAGUUAUUUAUUUACCUGUGCCUGAUCCUUCCCUUCAAAGCCAUUCUGGUCAUGGGGUGAGGGCUCUUGUUUGUGACUCCACUUCCUGUCUGUGUGAGCAUCACCCCCACCCCUGGUCACUGGCCCUCUCAGAGGCUUGAAGGGGAGGACACCCUCAGCAGGGCUUCUAGCUAGUGAGGCAGGAACAGGAUUCUAACCCAGUGCUCCUGAGCAGUGCACUGCCUGCUAAGCCAUGGACCCUAGAGCCCAGACAGCUCCUGCAUCCCACCUCCUCUCACCUUUCCCCUUUCCCAGUCUCCACCCCCCAUAGUUCCCCCUUCUUGUCUGGCCAUGCUAGAAAUAGCCUCAGGUCUCCCUGCCUUCUAGGUGCCCAUUCUAGGGAGUAAGCUAAUCAGCUAAGAGCUGGUGGGAUAAAACUGCGAUGAUAGAAGGGUGUGUAUAGGGGGCUAGAAGGCAGCUGGAAGGGGUGCCUAAAUGGAGUGAAGUGCUUACUCCAGGCUUGGCCCAUGAGGCAGGGUAGGUGUUGGUCUGCAUGCAGAGGGGACAGAGGGAUAGUGGGCAGGGUUUGUGUGCUAGCCUGGGGCUCGACCUUUCAACCCCAGGGCAAUGACAGGGCUGUGGUGGGAUUUGUAACAUAGAAGCUCUUGAAUUCCCUAAAAGAUAAAGCAAAUACAUUUUACAACCUAGAAGGAUGUGUGAAAAGGGGCCCCUGAAGCUGGGGUGGGAAGUAAGGAGAGUUAGAGGCUGUCCAGGGGUAUGAGUGGGUGGGUCCAGGGAUGAAGGGUAGGGUUAAUGGGGGAUUCAGAGAGGAAUCUGGAUGUCCUCCAGGGGCCUCCUUCCAUUUUCUCUCCUCUCCCCUUCAUUCCCUUCUCACCUGCCCCUUUGGCUGGGACCCAUGCCUUUUGGGGUUUGCUGGGAAGUUUUCCAGAGCAAUAACUGCUGGAGGGGGGAUGUGGCAAUGGAACUUGGGACAGCUCCCUCUCUGAGUCUGAGUCCAGCUUCUGGGAGGCUCUGGCAGACCCCACAGGGCUGGAAUCACCCCCACCCACGGCACUCCCCUUCAGUCUGCCCUGAGAUCUCCUGGGCUAGCCCCACAUUGAAGAUUCUGCCUGGUUCUCUGCUCUCUCACACCCAGCCUUUCUAGGGUGACCAAGGUGGCAGCAGAUGCUUGGGUCAGUCCAAGAGUUUGGGGGACCUGGAUGAGCACUGGACUGGGGGCAGAGAUCCUGGGCUGCCAUCACCUUUUAUGAUCCUGGGCAGCCCUUGCCUUUCCUAAGCCUCAUUCUCCUCAUGUAAGAGGUAGGGACUGGACCAGGGCUUCUGGGGGGCACCUUCUGACACACUGUUCUGGGUUAUAAGACCAAUUUACAUUGUCUUGGAAGGAGCUCAGAAUCUAUAUCUUAGGCCCAUCUAUCUGUUUACCCAGCUCAUAGCCAAGCUGCAGAAGAAGCACAGGGGCUUCCCAGGCCCUCCCCACUCCCCCCAAGCAAGUUCCUCAAAGGGAAAGGACAGAGGAAGUGGGUUUCAGGAGCAGCUAGUAAAGAAAGUAUGGGCCUGCCUGGAUUGCUGGGUGACCUCCUGUGAGGUCUCUGCCUUCUCUGGACUUCAAUAGGCCCCCUGUUUCCUGCAGGGAUGCUCUUGGUGCCCCAUGUGCGUAGGGCAAGGAACUCAAAGGAAAGAACACAUUCCUUUGUCUGUACAGAGGCACCAGGAGAGGCCAGGCUGGCAGGUGGGUGGGAAGCCGUGUGCAUGGAGGCAUGAAAUGAGUCCUGUAAAUCCAUGUGAAUGGCCAAGCACAAACCUCCCUCUCUCUGGCUUUCCCCUGACACACAAGUAGCGCAGUGGAUGUGGGGCAGCGGUGGGUGCCUGGCCAUUAGGCUGGGACUGGGGGCAUGGAGAUCCACACAAUAUGGCACCAAUAUUGGCUUCUUGGGUGCUGGGGCCAGGGCACAGGCCCAGCCUUCUGCCCUCUGUCUUGUGCAUCCUCCCCCACCCCAGGGGAGAAGUGGGGUGCAAAACGGGGAGCAAGACUGAAAAACCAAAGCUCAGCUCUCCUGGGAAAGCCAGCAGGGAAUGGGAAACUAUGUCUCCCUCAGUUCAUAAAUUAAAGGGCCACUAAGGCUUACUUUGAGUAGGUCCAAAUCUUGCCAACCUAUCUCCCUUGGGGGAAGGCCACUGCCUUCUCUCUCCCUGCUGUUGAAACCCUUUAACAGCUCCUUCCAUAUGCAGACCUGAUGUUCUGACCCAGCACUCACAGCCCUGUGCACCCCCUGUCUUCUCCAUGCUGUCCCCCUCAGUCCUCUACCUACCUUUGCUGGAAAUACUCUGUACCGUUGCUCCUAUGAGGCUUUCCCCUGGGAUGCCAGGAUAGGAUGAUCCCAAGCAGAGGUUCCAGAAUGACCUUGAAUUCUUCAAAGGAGUCCUGGACAAACCCCCCUAAUGCCUUUCCUGCUCAGUUCUGAGCUGAGGGUGGGAGAUGGAGCUUUGUGGCCAGUUAUCUAGAAUCAGGCCCUGGGGUACUGGUGAGGGAAAGCACAGCCCCUUCCCUCAAGACCCUCACAGGCUGGUAGGGGAGGCAGAUGUGGGGCUGGAUGGUGAUCAUCUGUGUGAUGAUCCUAGGUGGAAGGGUACCCAACCCAUGGAAAAUCAGGGAAAAUUUUGGCGGAGAAGUCUCUGACGAAUAGAAGAGGGAACAGCACUCGUGUGUGUGUGAGGGCCUGGAGUGUUAUGGGCUUGGCUGGAGUAAUGUGACCUCCAAGAAGGCAGAGGCCCUUCUCAGUUUUGGUCACAGCUGCAACUCUAUCACUGAGAACAGUGCCUGUAUAACCCACCCCUCCAUUCUUUUAAUAUUGUUUCCAUUAAAAGUGUUUUUAUAAAAGGUGAAUUGUUAACUAAUAUGUAACCCAUAGAUAAACUGCAUAUUUGUGUAAGAGUUCAAAGGAAGCUGACUCCAGUAACUGGACGUUCUGGCUCUAGGAGACUUGCUGAUGGUCAACCAUAAAAACUAGAACAGUUUUGAGGUAAUCAUCAGAAUAGACUGUGCUGACUUACACAUGAAAAGCUUUCAACUCCCCUCUCCCCCUGAUUUUUUGUUCUGCUUUCCCUGUCCUUCCUAAUAAAAACCCUUGCCUGCA